GUGAAGUUGAUGUUCCAGAGGAUGUACGGGGAGGUGGUCAGUCUGUCUUCACCUGGAGAGGAGGCCAGACGAAGGUUCUUCACUGACCUGCUACUGGUACAGGCUGCUAGAGCGCCGCCCCACAGGAGACACAAAGGUACUAUGAAUUCAUACAAGCAAUCACACAGACACACAGGAUAUUACACACACACACAAGUGUAAUACUGUAUCAUAUUCUAACCAAGCUUUUACAAUGCCGUCCUGACACCGUUCUCAGUGGGGUGCUGAGAGAAAAGAGUACAAGUCAUUUUCAUCUUAGCUUCAUCUCGUCUUUCUGUUUUCUCUCUCCUAACCUAAAGUAGCAGGCGUAAAAGAAACACCUGAGCGGCAUUUCUUUCUUUCUGGUCCUGACGAUGAAAAAAUAAAAACUAUCAUGGGAGGUUCUCUUCUGCACUGUUGAACCAAUCCAGUAAAUGUGGAGGAGGAGUUAAGAUGGAGUGUCGCCUUGUUAACGUCUAAAAGCUGAAGUCUCAUCACAGGCUUUCUCCAUUUCCCCUGAAAACCGGAUGCAUUCGGUUGUUAGCAACCCCGCAGAUGGUGCCUCUCGCCUGACACACAUAUUGCUCAAACACAGUAACCACCAUUGAAUCAUUGCUAGAUUUUUGCUUCACUUGAAAAAUAUAAAUUCCUAGAUAAUGAAAUGUGGGUGGACUAGUAGGAACGGCACAUCGUGACUUCCAUAGCUUUUAGUAGAACUCCACGGCUCUCUCCCCAACUCUCUCCUCAUCUCCCCCUACGAUAUUCUCCUUUUGAACUCUCUCUCCUCCACUCCCUCUCCCCCCCCCAUACUCUCCCCUCCAUUUCCCCCUACCAUUCACCUUCCUAUUCUCUUCCCCAACCUCCCUUUCCAUCUGUUCCUUCUCAGUGUGAGAGAGUGGUCCACCGGGGCUUCCAUGAUGGCACUCAGCUUUCAAAUGGAAAUACAGCAAGCAACGCCGUUUGCAGAAUCCUCAUUGAUGCGAGGCAGGGGACCCACACAUACACGCACGUAUUCUGACACACACACACACGGCUAGUAUAGUCUUAUCGAUGCGAGGCAGGGGUCCUCACUCUCUCCUCUCUUUGGGGGUUCGCCCUGAAUAAAACAGCAGCCUUACUUCCAUAAGGGGCUGUUUGUAGGAGUGGGGAGUUCAGGGGGAGGCUGGGGAGAUGCAUGUCGGAGAGAGGGAGCCCGCUAUAAACCCAGCACUGUUACCUAUGGUUACACUCACGGACGAUGAUGCUAAUGUGAAGCAGGGCUAACAAUGUUGGAAGGCACCUGGGGUUAGUGGGCCCAAAGAGGAGAAGCAAAGGGAGAGGAAGCACAGUAUGUAACAAGUAGACUAUGCUGACUCCCCAACUAGGGCUGUGGUGGUCAUUACAUUUUGUCAGUCAGUGAUUGUCAUGCAAAUAACUGCAGGUCUCACGGUAAUUGACUGUUAAUUAACAUAAACACGUUUAGCAUCUUUGGCUUCCUGUAGAUUUUAUAGCCUUCACCUUCACAAUAAAUCCAUUAUUUAUUUUAGACAGGUCUAAAGAAGCAUGAUAUGAAGAAACUGUAGCCUAUUUCAGAAGAACAGAAUAUUCUGAGUCAUCCUUAUGUUAGGCUUUGAUCUGGCUAUGCGGGCUACACUAGUUAAUUUAGCAGACAAGAUUUGCUUAGAAUUCCGUGGCAUUAUUUUAUAGUAUGAAGAAUACAAUUGAACAUAGCUGAAUAAAAUAGAAAGGAUACUUUCUCCAUACAAUUUGAGGGAGUGAGUGGUAAACAAAUAAACUGGUCCUCCUAUAUGCUUAAUUUAGUUAUUUAUGCAACGUUAGUUGUGAUACAAACGGUAGGCUAUAUAUUUUGAUUUCUAAUACAUUUUAAGGUUGCAUGAUGCGACUCUAAUGAUGAUUUGAAAAAAGUUGUAUCAAAGGCAAGCGCUCUGCUCUGUUUCUUGCGCAGGCUGCACACACUUCAUCAGUCUCUCAUUCACAAUUUGACAAGUACUUGUUAAUAUUCUCACCCAUCAGACUAUUCUCAAUUGAAUCUGGUCUUUACAUAUAACCUACUAAUAUACAGUUGAAGUCUGAAGUUUACAUACACCUUAGCGAAAUACAUUUAAACUCAGUUUUUCACAAUUCCUGACAUUUAAUCCUAGUAAGAAUUCCCUGUUUUAGGUCAGUUAGGAUCACCACUUUAUUUUAAGAAUGUGAAAUGUCCGAAUAAUUUUAGAGAAUUAUUUAUUUCAGCUUUUAUUUCUUUCAUCACAUUCCCAGUGGGUCAGAAGUUUACAUACACUCAAUUAGUAUUUGGUAGCAUUGCCUUUAAAUUGUUUCACUUGGGUCAAACGUUUCGGGUAACUCUCCUUCCACAAGCUUCCCACAAUAAGUUGGGUGAAUUUUGUCCCAUUCCUUCUGACAGAGCUGGUGUAACUGAGUCAGGUUUGUAGGCCUCCUUGCUCGCACACGCUUUUUCAGUUCUGCCCACAAAUGUUCUAUAGGAUUGAGGUCAGGGCUUUGUGAUGGCCACUCCAAUACCUUGACUUUGUUGUCCUUAAGCCAUUUUGCCACAACUUUGGAAGGAUGCUUGGGGUCAUUGUCCAUUUGGAAGGCCCAUUUGUGACCAAGCUUUAACUUAAUUUUCUGGAAUUUUCCAAGCUGUUUAAAGGCACAGUCAACUUAGUGUAUGUAAACUUCUGACCCACUGGAAUUGUGAUACAGUGAAUUAUAAGUGAAAUAAUCUGUCUGUAAACAAUUGUUGGAAAUUGUCCUAACCGACUUGCCAAAACUAUAGUUUGUUAACAACCAAUUUGUGGAGUGUUUAAAAAAACGAGUUUGAAUGACUCCAACUUAAGUGUAUGUAAACUUCCGACUUCAACUGUAUUUGUGAAAUUAUUUUUGAUUUAGAAUGGCCAACAAAAAAACAUGUCAUCCAUACCCUGCACUCGAAUAGUGAAUGGAGGUUACGUGUGGUUAUGUUUUUAAAAAUUCCAGGUAGGCUAUAUCAUUGUAAAGCGGAUUAAUGUGCUUAAUUUUAAGAAUUUAGCAAUAAAUGUAGCAGCACAAGAAAGCUGGGAUCCUCUUUUAAAUAGUGGGCAGUCAAAAUUCUGUUUUCACACGCUAUUGCGCAAUGACUGAGCUUAUAAGAACACGUUUCACUAGGCUCUCUAGGCUAUGGGCUCUCCAACCGUGUUCCAGAGGUCUUGGGCCACUUUAGUUAGUUGUGAUACAAACCUUAUCAAAACAUAUAGGCCUAUGGGCGCUGUUUCUUGCUAGACUCCACACGCUGGGCAUCAUUCACAAGUGAUAAUAUUAUCACCAAUCAGACUAUUCUCAAUGUAAUUUUGUCUUUACAUAUACUAAAUAAUGUUUGUUAAAUUAGUUUAGAAUUUGCCAUUAUUCUGCACCUGUCGGAACAGGGGCAGUGUAAAAAAAAGACAUGUCAUCCGUAUGCACUUGAAUGCUUUUCCCAUGGUUCAUUUUAAUGCAAGCCAGGUAGGCUACUCUGGUUGUAAAGCGAAGCAAUGUGCUUAAUAUUAGGAAAGUUGAGAAAUAAAUAUAAAAACUCAGCAAAAAAAGAAAUGUCCUCUCACUGUCAACUGCGUUUAUUUUCAGCACACUUAACAUGUGUCAAUAUUUGUGUGAACCUAACAAGAUUCAACAACUGAGACAUAAACUGAACAAGUUCCACAGACAUGUGACUAACAGAAAUUGAAUAAUGUGUCCCUGAACAAAGGGGGGGGGGGGGGGUCAAAAUCAAAAGUAACAGUCAGUAUCUGGUGUGGCCACCAGCUGCAUUAAGUACUGCAGUGCAUCUCCUCAUGGAGGGUCAUGUCAGGAUGAGCCUGCAGGAAGGGUACCACAUGAGGGAGGAGGAUGUCUUCCCUGUAACGCACAGCGUUGUGAUUGCCUGCAAUGACAAGAAGCUCAGUCCGAUGAUGCUGUGACACACCGCCCCAGACCAUGACGGACCCUCCACCUCCAAAUCAAUCCCGCUCCAGAGUACAGGCCUCUGUGUAACGCUCAUUCCUUUGACGAUAAACGCGAAUCCAACCGUCACCCCUGGUGAGACAAAACCGCGACUCGUCAGUGAAGAGCACUUUUUGCCAGUCCUGUCUGGUCCAGCGAUGGUGGGUUUGUGCCCAUAGGUGACGUUGUUGCCAGUGAUGUCUGGUGAGGACCUGCCUUACAACAGGCCUACAAGCCCUCAGUCCAGCCUCUCUCAGCCUAUUGCGGACAGUCUGAGCACUGAUGGAGGGAUUGUGCGUUUUUGGUGUAACUCGGGCAGUUGUUGCUGCCAUCCUGUACCUGUCCCUCAGGUGUGAUGUUCGGAUGUACCGAUCCUGUGCAGCUGUUGUUACACGUGGUCUGCCACUGCGAGGACGAUCAGCUGUCCGUCCUGUCUCCCUGUAGCGCUGUCUUAGGCGUCUCACAGUAUGGACAUUGCAAUUUAUUGCCCUGGCCACAUCUGCAGUCCUCAUGCCUCCUUGCAGCAUGCCUAAGGCAUGUUCAUGCAGGGACCCUGGGCAUCUUUCUUUUGGUGUUUUUCAGAGUCAGUAGAAAGGCCUCUUUAGUGUCCUAAGUGUGACCUUAAUUGCCUACCGUCUAUAAGCUGUUAGUGUCUUAACGACCGUUCCACAGGUGCAUGUUCAUUAUUUGUUUAUGGUUCAUUGAACAAGCAUGGGAAACAGUGUAUAAACCCUUUACGAUUAAGAUCUGUGAAGUUAUUUGGAUUUUUACUAAUUAUCUUUGAAAGACAGGGUCCUGAAAAAGGGACAUUUCUUUUUUUUGCUGAGUUUAGUACUCCUAGCCUACAGAAAGCUGUUGGUAUCCUCCUCUUUUUAAUAGAGGCCAUCAAAACUCUGUUUUCUCACGCAAUUGCAUAGCCAAUAGCAGUGGUCACCAACCUUUUUAAGUCAAGAUCACUGAGUCGAAUGCAAGCCGAGAUCUACCACUCAGAUUAAAAAAAAAACAUGACUUGAAAAAUGUAAGCCUAUGUAAUAUUAACCAAUUAAAAACAGUUUUGUAGCAUUGAGGUUUGUGCAGUAGGCUAUAGGCCCAAUACAGUAUCACUGCAUUUGCCGAUUUCUUAUGCUUGAAAUGCCCUGCCAAUGUUCUUCUCAGACCAUAUUUCCAAAUUUAAGGUAUAUGAUGAUCACACUGGUAAUAGAUCAUCUGUUGUAUUCCUUGUGAGGCACAAUUGAGUGAGCUUAAUAAUUCAUUAAAAAAAUUGAAUAAUAAUCCUGGCCUGCAUCUGAUGGUCAGUCUGAGGGGAGGGAGGGAGCAGCGGUGAGGCUGCCUCUCACCCGACUCACCGUUCCUCCUCUCUCCCUCCGCUGAGAAAAGGGGACAGUCUUCCAGCUGAUGGACUCAAGUCGCACUGCAUUAGUUCUGUUUCAUAUACCAAAUCAUGUUGUUACUCCUAUGACCAGAGAAAUUGAAAUAUUCCUUGAUAUUAAAAGAGACAAGCCGCUACAACGCAAGCUUAUCGACGCUUUGCUGUACUCACAUUGUAUGGCUUAUAAAAGUGUUGAACAAAGUGUUGACAGUGCUGAAUAACUACUUAAACAUGAACUUACUCAUAAAAACAGCAGCUCUUUGCUGUGUUCGUUGAGUCUCUCUCUAGUCAUGGUUUUAAAAGUUUUGACAUCUCACAGUAUCAACUUUGCUGUGCAUUUGAGGCUUCUUUUUAUAGUCUAUGGCUCGAGGAAACUGUGCAGACACAAUGAUCUGAGCUAUCUGAUUGGCCAGCGGUAGGCCUAUAGGUGCACUUGAUUUGCUCUCUGGGCCUGCCGGGUAGGUGGAGUUCUACCUUCAGACACAUAAAAUGGUUCAAAAUGGGAACACUUGUCUUCCCGGCGCUAGGGCUGCUGAAUCAAGUGCACCUACCGCCAACAGCGCAAAAAAAUAAUUAAAAUAAUUAAAAAGGAACGCAAGCCAUUAUUGUUAUUUUUUACAGAAAUGUUUGGUGAUUGACUAGGAAUGCCUUGGAGAUCGACCAGUCAAUCUUGAUUGACCGGUUGGUGACCACUGGCCUAUAGAAAUGUUGCGCAACACUCAUGUCACUCCAUGCAUCAACCAGCUAUGAGGAGCUGUCUCUCGCUGGCAACCGGUGAUCCGCUCAAACUCUAAAUGCCAGGGCUCUCAUGAAGUGUUUGAUUUGAUUUUUGAUUGCAUUUGCGAGUGAUUAGAAGGACGAUCGAGUACCAGCCAUUAGCGACUGGCCGUUAGCAAGUUUGGUAGGCUACUAAUGACCAUCAGCGCCAGAUCUAAUUGUAGAUCUAACUGGAUAGGUAUUUUAAUUAAGCGAGAGGCUGGAUCAAGUGUAUUAUAUAAAGCAAAUACAAUAUUGCUGUCCAAUCCUUCUCCCUCUUCCUGUCCCAAUAAUUUUAGGUCGACAGGAGUGCCCAGGGGGUUAGGGGUUGAUUUGGAAUUCAGCAACUGCGUCACUCUCUUUAGGCCAGAGAGUGGGGGUUCAGGGUUUUUGUUCAUGGGUUGAUGAUGUGUUUAGAAAGAAGUCUGCUGCGUUUUUCCCCCCGCCUGAGUGGGUUGUCUCAAGGAUCAACCUAGAGUAGAAGAUUCUGAGGAGAACACACACUCUAACACACACACACACACACACACACACACACACACACACACACACACACACACACACACUCUCAACUGUACUCACAUCGCUUGCUUUUUGUAAUGCUGAGGUCCUACCAGUAGUGGAGGCUUCAGGCCGCAGACCGCUCUUCCCUGAGAAGCAGUGUAGCCCAGAAGAUCAUGAGGAGAACGCUCUCAAACACAUACACUCACCUACUCUAUCCUAUCCUCUUAUCUCUCCAGCCCUGCGGAGUGAGGAGGUGCUUCCGGUAGUGGAGGUCCCUGGCCCCAGGAUUCUCUCCCCCAAGGAACAGCAUCGUCUGGCCGACCAGGAGGAGAACACUCUGAGAGAACUGCGUCUGUUCCUCAGGGACGUCACUAAGCGCCUCGCCAUAGACAAACGCUUCAACAUCUUCAGCAAACCUGUCGACAUUGAGGAGGUGGGUAACAACACAGAGAUUGCUCGAUGAUGUAGACACUAGAUAUCACAGUAUACCUCCCUAGAUACAGUAAUGAUAAAAAGGGAAUGUAGUAACCUAGGAAGGGUGCGUCAUGAAUUUAGUCCUCCUGUCCCCUGGCCCUCUCACCUCUGUCUGAGUAUUGAUUCUAGUGAAUUGACACUGCUGGACUGAUUCCUCUUAACUGAUUUUGAUUUAAAUGGAGUGAAGCGCACCAGUUUAAUUUGACUUUCUCCCUCCCCUCCCUCUCAGGUGUCAGACUACCUGGAGGUGAUUAUUCAGCCUAUGGAUCUAUCUACGGUCAUGACCAAGAUCGACACCCAUAAAUACCUGACGGCCAAGGACUUCCUG